GCCUGAUGAAUCCAGGAAUUUUAGACGUCCCGUUUCAGUUGCAGAAAUAUGGUGCGGAGCACCGUAUCAAUCCUCAUAUUUUAUAAACCUGCAUAUAUCCUGUCUCCCUAUAAUCGUCACAUGACUCUCUCCUUCCUCUCCUUCCUCAUCCGAUCCGUGGGAGGUGCUAUGCUUCAUACCUGCACUAUGCUGUUCCAGUUCUUUCUCCCCUCUCAUCUCCUCCUCCUCCUCCCCUUCCUCUUCCUCCUCGUCCACUUCCUCCGCUGGACACAAUCCAGGAAGUCACCCACCCAUCUCCUACCCCCAUCUCCACCCACCCUACCGGUCAUUGGCAACCUCCACCAGCUCUCAGGCUCCCUCCCCCACCGCAUCCUCCAAGAACUCUCCGCCAAGUACGGUCCCGUCAUGCUCCUCCACCUCGGCAGCGUCCCUACCGUCAUCGUCUCCUCGCCGCCCGCCGCUGAAGAGGUGUUGAAGUCUCGCGACGUCGCCUUCGCCAGCCGCCCCCACACCACCGUGACCCACCGCCUUUUCUUCGGCAACCAGGACCUGAUCUUCGGCAAGUACGGUAAGCAGUGGCGCCAACUCCGCCGCAUCGCCACCGUCCACCUACUCAGCCACACACGAGUGCUCUCGUUUCGCCCGGCCAGGCAAGCAGAGGUCGCCCUUCUUGUCGCCGACAUCCGCUCCGCCGCCGCCGCCUCCCGCCCGGUCAACGUCAGCGACGUCAUCAUCGAGUUCACCAGCAACUUUAUCUGCAGAGUGGCGCUAGGGCGGACGUACAGCGAGGAAAAGGGCGAAGGGAGCAAAGUGAACAAGCUAUUUGAUGAGAUCACAGCGCUGUUGGUCGCGUUCCCGUUGCGAGACUACAUUCCAUGGCUGGGUUGGAUCGAUCGACUCAACGGAUUCGAUUACAAGGUCAAAAAGGUCGCUCUCGAGUUCGACACCUUCAUCGAGCAAGUCAUUCAAGAGCACAUUAACAUGCGAAAUAGAAACGAACGCACUCAUAACAAUGAAGAUUUGGUUGAUAUUUUGCUCUCUCUGGGGGAUGUCGAUAGCUCCGUUUCUCUCAGCCAAGAGAACAUUAAGGGCCUCAUCUUCGACAUGUUUGGUGGAGGCACAGAUACAACAUUCGCGACCAUAGAAUGGGUCAUGACGGAGCUCAUACGCCAUCCAAAUGCGAUGCGCAGAGUGCAAGAGGAGAUUCGAGGAGUCGUCGGAGCUGAAGCCAAAGAAGAGAUAAUUGGGGAGGAGAAAUUGGAAGAGAUGAAGUAUCUGAGGGCAGUGAUCAUGGAGGCUCUGAGGCUGCACCCUAUUGUACCAUUACUGCUUCCGCGAGAGGCGUCGGUGGAUACGCAACUGCAGGGGUAUCACAUUCCCAAGGGCACCAGGGUGUUGGUCAAUGCAUGGGCCUUAGGUAGGGAUCCCAAGCUGUGGGAUAAGGCUGACGAGUUUUCUCCAGAGAGGUUCCUGAACACUUGUGCUUUUGAUUUCAAGGGAAAAGACUUUCGGUACUUGCCGUUCGGCGCUGGCCGGAGAGGGUGCCCUGGCAUUGGAAUGGCUGAGGUCACCCUGGAGCUUGUCUUGGCCACCUUACUGCUUCAUUUCGACUGGGAGUUACCUGAUGGGAUGAGGGCAGAGGAGCUGGAUGCGGAUGAAGGGCAUGCAAUUGUGAUUCACAGGAAAUCCAAACUUGUCCUUGUGGCAAAGCCUUGUCGACGACACUAGCUACAUCUACAUCUUACCAUGAAUAAACACUACUCAUGGUUGAGAAGCGACCCACUGGGGUACUUGACAUGCUCGAUCUCGUUGUUUUUUAAUUUCCAUUUGGCAAGAUCAAUUACGAACAGAUCUACUGAUAUAGUUAAAUUCCAUUCUGCGUGCAACUAGUCCAAUUUAGAAAUAGUUUGUGUUUGUGAUUUACAAAGAAGUAG